CCCAGGGAGGGAGCCCUAGGCUGGCAGCCAUGCCUAUGACCUAAUUCCUCCUGGUGGCUGAGUGACCAGUGGCUUUGGGGUCAAUCAGGUUUGGAUUCCAGUUUCAGUAUGGCCCUUGUAGCUGUAUGGUCUUGGAUUUGUCACUUCUCUCUGAGCCUUCAUGUGCUCAUAAAAAUAACACUAACCAAGUACCUCUUCCCCCAAGGUACUCAGGACAGUGCCCACUGAGUUGCCAGAUCCCAGGACAUGGGAGGUAUCAGCUCCCAUGUGUUCUUGCCCACGCUCAGUCCCCCUCCUUACAUCAUUGUUCCCUAUCUGUGAAAUGGAGUUGAGUUGGCUGAAGCAAGGAUCCCACUAGAGGAGGUGCACACGUGGCAUCUUCAGGGCCCUGGGGGAAGGGAGAGAGUGGGAGGGGUGAGGUGUUGGUUCCCCAUUGGUUGGGUCAGGAGUUCCGGGGCGGCCCCCACUGCACACAUACACAUGCACACCUGCACCCCAACCACAGCCCAUGCUCACUGAGCCAGCUCCACAAACCAUGAGGCUGUCACUGACACUGACACUGCUGCUGCUGGGAGCCUGGGGCAUCCCAGGGGGCCUUGGAGACAGGCCUCCACUCACAGCCACUGCCCCGCAGCUGGACGAUGAGGAGAAGUACUCAGCUCAUAUGCCUGCUCACCUGCGCUGUGAUGCCUGCAGGGCGGUGGCCUACCAGAUGUGGCAACAUUUGGCAAAGGCAGAGGCCAAGCUUCACACCCGGGACUCAGGAGGGCAGCAGGAGCUGAGUGAAUCAGUAUACACAGACAUCCUGGACCGGAGCUGCUCCCAGACCUGGCAGGGCUACGGGGUCCGAGAAGUGAACCAGGUGAAACGUCUCACGGGCCCAGGACUCAGCAAGGGGCCAGAGCCAAACAUCAGCGUGAUGAUCACAGGGGGCCCCUGGCCCACCAGGCUCUCCAUGACAUGUUUGCACUACCUGGGGGAGUUUGGAGAAGACCAGAUCUACGAAGCCCACCAACAAGGCCGAGAGGCUCUGGAGGCGUUGCUGUGUGGAGGCCCCCAGGGGGCCUGCUCAGAGGAGGCACCUGUCACGAAGACAGAGCUCUAGUCCAACUGCUCCUUCCCCUUCCUGGUCAGCCCCUGAAGGGAGCUGGGCUUCCUCUGGAUCUGUCCUACUCCUUUGUGCAGGCUGCCUGGAGGGCAGGGAGGCCAUGCUUUUCUGUGCUGCCAUGGCCACCACCCCCCUCCUCAGGCUUUAGAACACUGGGGCCUCGUGUGUGUGAGGCGAGGCCUUCCCUUCUGGACUCAAAUAAAACCCAGUGACCUCCA